UGUAAACAUUAUUCUUGGAAUAAGGAAGCAAAACAACAUAUGAUUUUCACGUGAUCAUGGACGAUUCAGAGACAACUCCGUUGAUUAACAGUAGACCUCAUUCAGUAAUUAAUCAAUCAAGUGAAGAAGAUGAAGAUGAUUCUGAAAAUAAACAUAAUUAUGCAACAGAGAAGGUCCUCUCUGGGGAAUAUGAGAGUUUGGAUUAUGAUAAUUGUGAAAAUGAGUUAUAUGAAAUGGAGGAGAAAAAGAAGUCUGUCAGGGACAUUGUGGUGAUUGAGAUGUUAAGGUGGCUCGUCAUGCUUUUUGUUGGAGUUCUGACUGGACUGGUGGCCAGCCUGAUUGACUACUGUGUGAUCAAAUCUACAGAUCUCAAGUUCAGCAUCAUCAAAAAAUAUAUAGACAAAUGUGUGGACGACCAAUGUAUGGAGAUCCCCCUGUUUGUCUGGGCAGGGAUCAAUGGGGGUCUGGUGUUUGUUGCAGCAUAUUCUGACAGCCUGCUUUGA